GUUCCUAAGUUGCUUCUUGGUUAUAAUGGUGGUCUCUUGGACAAAACCAGUUGAAAACCCCUGAUGUAGAUGAAUGGGUGCACUUAAAAUUAAAUUUUAGGAAAGAAGCAGAUCAGAAUUAUUAGACAUCCAUCCAUUUUCUGAACUGCUUGCCCCCAUCACAGGCAUUAUCAGUAUGUGCGUUGUGGUAUUGUUUAAGAAGAACAAACAAUUAAAACUGCCAAGUUUAUCUCUCACUUAAUUUGUCCAUUUCUUAUCUCUAACGUAAGCAUGUCUUGGACAGCAAAAAGGUUACUUCACAGUUCACCUUAAAUGAUGGAGCUUUCUGGCAAAAAGCCAGAAAAUAUUUUGGACAUUAAAAUAACUAUCACUCGUGCGACUAACAUGCAUGGAAAGAAGGGAGGAAAUAUCCAAAGUUAUCUUCGGAUGGAAGUCAACGGUACGCUGUUGGGAGAGUCCGAAAAGCGAACAGUUGAUCCUGCAGCCCAGUACAUUGAGUAUGACUUCACUCAAAGUUUUCCCUGCGGCAAUGAAGUCCUGGCUCUCAGUGACAUACCUCAGAAACCAGUCGUAGUGACGUUGAUAGAGCUUGUUCCCGAGAAGAAAAAAGUGGAGGCAAAGUCAAUAGUCCUGGCCCAGGCAGUGAUUGACCUGCUACCUUUGCUGCAAGGUGAAUGCAGCUUUUCAUCCACAGUCUCACUGAAUGCACCAAAUGCUGCAGCAGAAAAGGGAAAUGUCACACCAACCGUUACCAAGCACCCGAUUUUGGAUGUGUGUGUCAGUGUGUCAGCUCCAUUGCUGACUGAAGAACAACUUGCAACUUCCAACCUAAUGAAGGUGUCUUUGGAGACGGCCUAUUCUCUCCCUGACACAUUUAAUCAGGGUUUUGGGUCAAUAGCACCUCCAUAUAUAUGCACCGCUAUAAUGGAGGUCCCAUGUACCGCAGAGAAAGACCAGCUAUUGUUGUUUAGUGAAGGACAGCCAAAGACAGGGGGGCACAGAGAAGACAACGGCCGACUGAGGAAGAGGCCGUAUAAUGCCCUCCUGGCUCCAGGGAACCAACUUUUGCCAGGAGCUUUUUUCUACUCUCAGCCCAUUGAUCAAGAAGAUGGCGAGCUUACUGGUCCAGAGGAUCUUGAGUUCCGUGAUGAAGCCGAGACCUUGCUGAACAGAGUGAGCUGGGACAUAGAAAUGCCCUGUUUUUUGGAUGCGGAAGGAGUUACCAGGUUACGUCAGAAGAUCACAGAGAGCAGAUUCUUUCCGCUUGAGAUCAUGAAGUUUGAAAAGUCAGGAGCAUCUUCCAAGCAAACAGAGGACGACCCGCAUAUCCCCUGUCACGGUGUGGCCUUUAUUGAUAUGGGCCGCUUACUUUACCCAGGAGUUACCCAUAUCCGAGGAGCAUACACUAUUCAACCUUACUCAAGCACUUUAUUACUUAGCAAGAGCAGGCGAAAUGUCAGUUUGUUGAAAGAGCAGUUAAAGCCUGGAAGCGGCAAAGAACGUUCUCCUGCAGCUCCAACUCCAGCUCCUGCUCCAACCCCAGCUCCACCUCCAGCUCCAGCUCCAGCCGCAACUCCGGCACCAGCUCCAGCUUCAGCUCCAGCAAAGGCUAAUACGGGGAAGUCCAAGGACCCCAAGGUUAAGGUUCCUAGCUCAGUUCAACUUGGAACAAGUGUCGUGACUGAUUCGAAUGAACCUGAUCACAUCCCUCCAGACAGGAAAGCAUAUCUGGAUUUCAGGACAUAUGUUAUAAUUGAAAUUACGCUAACAAAUUCACUAAUACCCAAAACGUCCUCAGAGGAGUUGGCAAGAAGGGUGAAAGCACUGAUCCCUCCAAGACCUCCAUCUUCUGGAGGACCUAACAGAGCUGAAAGGGCAGUACUUAACUUUCACAAGCAGGUGGGCAAUGUGGUAAAGCAUAUUUUGGAGCAGUAUGAGGAGUUGUUUGGAACAAGAGUCAAGUUGCCUAAUGACUGCAAUCGAGAGCAAAUGAUGGCCCAGCUCAUAGGAGCUCUUAAUGUGUCGGGGAGAUAUUUUGCCUUCAAAGAGCAAAUAAAGCCCGCUGUGGUAAGGUUUGUGCGUGACAAGAUACAGCAGACAGACACAUUUACUGAGCAACAAGAUCUACACGAAUUUGUCAGCAAGCUCUAUGUGGACCUGGUGGAUGAGAUGCACGUUGCUCUCAACAAAAUUUAUUCAAAAGGAAAUGAGGAUGACUCUCCUGAUGAGAUCCAUUUGAGUACCUCUCAUCUUCGUCAUUUUGCCCGAGAGGCUCAGCUCAUUGGGGAUUAUCAACUGGCUGUUCGCUACUACCAAGAGCUGGUUGUCAGGCAUCCUCGUGAUCCCUCUUACAAGUUUGAGUGGGGAAACCUUUAUAUGCAGACGGGAGAUUACAUGAAGGCUAAAAUGUGUUUCCAUGACGCUGUUGCAGUCCAGCAGUCCCACCAGCCCAGUCUGAUGAUGUGUGGUGUCCUGGCAGCCAUUUUUAAUGAUUUUGAGCAGGCUGAAACUUUCAUGGAACAAGCAGCUAGCAUAGAGCCUCCUAGUUUAGUGGCCUGGACUCUGCUGGGUUUGGUCCAGGACAGCCAGAACAAAUCCAUUUUAGCUGAGAGGGCUUUCCUGGAGGCCAAAAGCCUCCUGAAAGCAAAGGAAGCAAGCAAUCAGACACCAAAGGUGGAAGAGUUAGAGGUGGAUGAAGAAAGUGAGAAGCAGAAGGGCCAGGAGGAAGAUAAAAGCACUCUACCUGGAAGCCACUCUCCAAACACUGAGAAUGUUGAUUCUGCACAGAGUGAGCCUAAAGAAAAAGUCAUCUCCAAAUCCAUUUACACCGGGACCCUUGAGUUUCUAUUACACAACCAUGCCCUGGAGAUGGCAGAGCGUGCCCUUUCCAAGGAAUUGUCUUCAAAGGUUGAUCACAGAUUUCAUCUGGCCUGUGUGCAGUUUCUCAGAACUGAGUAUUGCAACGCCAUUGCAACUCUCAAGGAGGCGCUACUUCGCGUUGAGCCAGUUGCAGAUAUGUGGGCUCUGGAUGGUCACUGCCACUACUUGUGUGACUUAUAUGCUGACGCCCAGGGGAGUUACGAACGGAGCCUGGACUUCCCAGAACAGCCAUCAGACACUCACCUUGUGCUUCUCCGACUGGGAUCUAUUUACCUCCGGGAGGAGAAGUUUGAGCAAGCUAAAAUCACAUACCUACAAGCUUGUGAAAACUCUCCCUCCUGUCUCACCUGGUUGGGCCUGGGUAUCUCCUGUUACAGGUUGGACGAAUUUGAGAUCGCUGAAGAAGCUUUGACAGAGGCCAACCAUUUGAACAACCAGAACGCUGAGGUGUGGGCCUACUUGGCACUGAUUUGCCUCAGGUUUGACAGGAAAGAGGAGGCAACAUUGUUCUACAAAUACGCUAUCAGGUUCAACCUGAAGAACACAUUGCUUCACAAGGAGGUGAAAGAACUGCAGGAUCAGGCCCAAACUCGUCCUCUGGCAUCAUGCUUUGAACCGCACUUGGUGGUUUCAGGCUUGGGAGCAAACACAAAACAAACCCCACAUCUAUAAUAUGAAAUUGGAAAUUCUACUGGAGUCAACUGUUUUCCUUAAAACACGUACCGUUUUUUAAUCGAAUAACCUACAAUGGUCUUUGGUAAAUUUAACUGUAAUUGAAUAACAUUCUCUGUAUUGUUUAGAAAAUAUCAUAUAAAAUGGACCCAUUUACUGGCCACACUCUUCUCAUGGAACUCACAUAAAGAAAAGACAUUUUGAACACAACAC